AGAGAUAACAGAAAUAACUGCAAAAUCUCAAACCAAAAAAACAUUGUCUUAAAAUCUAAACCAAAUCAAACCAAACCGAACCGAACUCACAAAUGGUGAAGAAAGCGAUGAAGGAGGAAGAAGAAUCAGAGAUGAGAAACUCGUCGUUGCAGUCAAAGUACAAAGGCGUGAGGAAGAGGAAAUGGGGCAAAUGGGUUUCAGAGAUCAGACUUCCCAACAGCAGAGAACGCAUCUGGUUAGGCUCUUUCGACACUCCCGAGAAAGCCGCGCGUGCCUUCGACGCCGCUCAGUUCUGUCUCCGCGGCUGCAAAUCCGAUUUCAAUUUCCCCGAUAAUCCACCGUCUAUCUCCGGCGGAAGGUCGUUGACGCCUCCGGAGAUCCGAGAAGCCGCUGCUCGAUACGCAAACAUCGCUCAGGACGAUGUUAUCAGCACACGAGGAGAAGAAUCGGGUUUGUCGGAAAUCCGACCGGAGUCUCCUUCAGUGUCUGAAGUAGAUAUGUCUUCAGCGACAACGUUGGACUAUGAUCUGUCGUUCUUAGAUACGCUUCCGAGUGAUUUUGGGAUGUUUCCUGGGUUUGAUGACUUCUCUGACGGCUUCUCCGGUGAUCAGUUUACAGAGGUUUUACCUGUUGAAGAUUUCGGUGAAGUGAUUUUUGAUGAGUCUCUGUUUCUUUGGGAUUUUUAAAUUUUUUACAAAUGUAAUUUUUUUAAUUUUGUGUAAAGAGUUUGAAUUGUUGUUUAUUCGGGUCUUAGGAGAGUAAUCUGGAUAUUUUUGUAACUCGGAGCUCCAACGACCCGGAAACUUAUGAUCAUUCUUGGUUGAUUGAUAUCAUUCCUACAUUUUGUUUUUGUUAAUUAGUACAUAGCAACUAUACAUUAUUUCUGAAGAAUAUUCUUCGCAUAAGAUGAUUUUGGGGAAGAUAUUCGAAUUAGAAGAUAGUAUUAUUUGGCCCAUAAGAUUGAAGUUGGGCCUAGGUCUUUAAUCAUUGUGUAAACUGUACAGUCCAUAUUUAAAAGUGAUUAGCGUGUGGGGUAGGUAGGCCCUAGCUUAAACAACUACAACCAGAUAAUGAUGAUGAUAAAGACAAAAGGAGGUUUUCUA